UCACCUAAACGUCAACUAAUUGUUUUGUCAUUUCAAAAAGAAAAAGUCAAAUCUAGUAAUUUAUUUAUUUCAUCUUUAGUAGCGUCUUUUUGACCUAAUUACGACAAACUAAACUGAACACGUAUUAUAUUACUUACAAAACGUUUAUUUCAUUAAAAUGACUGCGUUGGCGUUUAAAGUUAAAAGUAAAAAUGGUCAACAAAUACUUAAAGAUUUGACCUCUGAUAGCACCGUGGGCGAAUUGAAGAUGUUUUUGUCGAGUAUAUCGGACGUUAGCACCGAGAGAGUGAGUGUUUUGUGUGGGUAUCCGCCGAAGCCGUUGGAUAUAAGUAAUGACAGUCAAAAACUUAGUGACAUUGGUUUGAAAACUGGAGAAACCCUCAUAGUAGAAGAGAAACCUGCAGCUCCGUCUGUCACUUUGUCUGCGGAGUCUAAACCUGUUGAGAACGGUGUUGCGUCACACGAGACUUUAGUUCCAUGUAGACCAGGCAUAUUAAUGAAGAAGGUGGUCCCAUCAGAUAAUUCUUGUUUAUUUACUAGUAUAGGUUUUGUAUUAAAUGGCAACGUAGACACUACGGUACACACGCUAAUGCGAGAGAUUAUUGCAAUGGAAGUAGCUAGCGACUUAGAAACAUACAAUGAGGCUGUCCUCGGUAAACCUAAUGCUGACUACUGCGUCUGGAUCCAACAGCCGAGCUCAUGGGGUGGUGCUAUAGAGGUAGCGAUCCUAUCUCGUUUCUAUGGGCUGGAGAUGGCUGUGGUAGACACACUAAAUGCAAUUAUAAACAGAUUCGGAGAGGACAAGAAUUAUGGACAACGAGUCUUUCUACUAUUUGACGGUGUCCACUACGACCCCUUGUAUUUGGAACAAGUCGAUGGCGGUAUUCAAACAAUAUUCCCGACUGAAGAUAUGGAGAUAUACAGAGAAGCGGAACAGUUGGCACACGAAGCCAAGUCGUCCAGACAGUUCACGGACGUGAACAAAUUCACCCUGAGGUGCAACGUGUGUGACAAACUUAUCACCGGCUACGUCGAGGCACAAAAACACGCCAAAGAAACUACGCACACGAAUUUUGGUGAAGUCUAGCAAACAAUUAAUUAGGUAAGGCGUUUCUCUAAUUAUGAUUGUGUCCGCUUGUUGGAUAAUGUUGAAUAUUCAAAGAUAUAUAAAUUAAAAAUAUAGCUUUUAACAAGAUACUGUCUGAGUUUAUCUACUUGUCUGUUCUAUUGGAACGCAGAUCUAUCGCGACGCAAUGUGUUUCGUAUUGUGUCGCGCAUACCGUCAGACAAGAGGUUUAAGUUAUUUAUUUUUGAUUCAUCAACUUUUUCAAUUAUCCCAGCGUCUACCGGAAUCCAUGUUUCAUUCGGUUUUUACUAUUUUGACUAGAUUCAAGUAUUAUUCUGGUUAAUCUUCCUUACAAUGCAAUAACCUUAUUUUUACUUAUAAAGAAGUGCACUUAUGCUAGAUGAAAUAUUCCUAUUAAAAUAGUAUAAAUAAAUAGUCAAACGGACACAAUCACUUAGAAAUAAUUUGUUUAGGAUUUUUAAUUUUCCCUGAUUCCCGAGGACCAUACUACUCGAGAACAUAAUAAUAGUUGAAUUCGAGAUAAAUAUUGUUUGUUUUUAAUCUCAAUUAUUAAUUGUUAACGCGAGAUUUAUUUAUGAGAUGACGAUGCACAUAUCCUAGCAACAUCUAUUUUGUAUGGACUUAUUUGUGAGUAGUCUUGGGUGUAAUAAGAAAAUUAUUUUUACACGAACCCUGGACUCGACCGAGUCUGACGCUGUAGUCGGUGUCUUUUUGUAAUAAUGAUUAUUUAUUUUUAUGUUGUAUAUUUGUUAGAUGCUCAAUAUUAUUUUCACCAAAGUAGAUUUUUCAUUAUGCGGCCCGACAGUAUGUUUUGUCAAUUAUUAUUAUUAGCUAUCGCUAGACUGGUUUUACUCAUUGCUUAUUUUCGGUUGAAAACUGAAUUCGCUUUUUUCGUAAUCUGCGGAAAUGUAGCUAUUUAUUUUAAUUAUUGUUUUAACAAAAGUAUCGCACAGGGGAAAUGAAAUAGGUAUUAAAAGAAUUUCAUGUACAAAUGGAAUGUAAUACGAACUCGCAAUGCAUAAUGAAAUAGACAAUAAACAUGAAUGCUGCAUUCAGUUGUUUAGUAAAAUUAGCUUCGAUACAAAAUGUUGAGUGAAAUGUUUUAAAUUAUAUGUUUGUUACGCAACGAACUGUUCGGCAGUUAGUGUAAGGAUUCGAUAUUGUGUGUGUGUGUAACAUGGUGUAACUAGUGUACUGCAACCUGCAACACUGCGUUGCCUCGUUUCUAAAAUGCUCGAAUUCGUUUCGCAUUAUCAGUACCUACAAAAUCACAUGUCAAAAGUCUGUUUGAAAAGACAAUUCAACGAAUUUUAGCCCUUAUUCCUUUUGUCCUAAUGUUCAACCUUCUAUAAUAUUGGCAAGAGAUCGUUAUUUUGUAAUACGGAACGUUGGCGGCUUAAAAACGUUGAAAGCGAAUGCUAUUUAUUUUAUGAAUGUUUCACGUUGUUCAGUCGCCAAUGUGAAAGACAUGAUUUGUAAAUUAUAAAAUAAGGCUCAAAAUGGCAUAAAUAAAAAUUUGAUAAAUGGAA